AUGGCGACGAUAACUGACUCCAUCGCUCUCUAUUCUUCUGCUCAAAAUUCAUAUCUCCGGCCGGCGAUAUCGUCAAGGCCGGCUCUUUCCAUCUCUGUUCGCCGGAGACUGGGUGCGUUGCCGGAAUUCAGGGGCUUGAGAGUUCACUCGCUUCCCAAACCGUCGCCCGCUUCCUCCAAUUUUCCAAAAGCCAGGCCUUUUCCAUCAACUGCCGGCAUUGUCUCUCAAGCUCAGGAUACCACUCUCGAUGUUCCCACAGUUACGGAUAGAACAUGGAACUCACUGGUCCUCAAAGCUGAUGGCCCUGUAUUGGUUGAGUUUUGGGCUCCAUGGUGUGGGCCUUGUCGCACGAUCCAUCCAGUAGUAGGUGAACUAGCAAAGGAGUAUGCUGGGAAGCUUAAGUGCUUUAAGUUAAGCACGGAUGAUACUCCGUCAAUUGCAACCCAAUAUGGAAUUCGAAGUGUCCCAACCAUCAUGAUUUUCAUCAACGGUGAGAAAAAGGACGCAAUAAUUGGUGCUGUGCCUAAAACCACAUUGACUGCUACCAUUGAGAAAUUUUUGUAG